CAAAACUAAUUAAUUAAGAGGGGGAAAAGAAAAAUAGUUGAUGUUGAUGUUGAUGUUGAUCAUCCCGGCGCCAAGCCUGAAAUAUAAAAUGGGGGCGUUGAGAAUCCAAGAAUCGGUAGAGACAUCGCGGAGUUGAAGUCGCUUCCGGAGGAGGGCAAGGUAUCAGCAUCUGUAUGCUUCACAUGGCCGACUCUUCUCCAACCCCCAACCUCAUACUCCCAAACUCUGUUCACAAACCAUCCUCAAUCACCUAUUCUUCUCAACCUCCGGAAGGAGCAUUCUAGUUUACUGAUGGAAGUAGGCGAGAGAUUGCUUCGUGAACUUGAAGCAAUGGGAUUCUCCAAGGAUCAGGCCAGGAUGGCUCUUUCUUCUGGUAAUUCAAGUAUUGAGGCUGCUAUAGAUUGGCUUGCUGACCAUGAGAAUGAUACAGUUACCAGUGAAACGCUGGCGAUUCCUGAGGCUGAAGUUGUUGUCAACAUUAAUAUUGAAGCAUCCGACUCUUUUCAAAAUUCUGAAAAAGUUAAGUUGAGAGCACAGGAGCUAAGGAAUCAAGCACGUAACAAGAAAGCAAAUCAAGAGAAGAAACUGGAAAGAGAAAGGGAGAAGGCAAGGUUUAGAGCAGGUAAAGAGCUCUUGGAGGCUAAGCGAACGGCAGAAGAGAGUGAAAGGAAACGAUUUCUGGCACAGAGGAAAGCAGAUAAAGAGGAAGAGAAAAGAGCGCGGGAGAAAAUUCUUCAGAAACUCCAGCAGGAUAAGUUAGAAAGACGAGGGAUGCUUGGAAAGGAAGCUACUCUACCGAUGAAUCCUGAUACUAGAUUGCCUCAGACAACAAAGCCUGUUGAUGCUUUGCCUGUAAAGCAUUCGGCAGCAAGAGAGCGCAUGAGAGAAUGUUUAAGAUCUCUUAAGCAUCAAAACAAGGAUGACAAUGCCGAAGCCAUGAGGGCAUUCGGAACGCUCUUGAUUUAUGUUAAAAAUAUUGUCAGCAAUCCUGAGGAAGAGAAGUUCAGGAAGAUCCGCCUCAACAAUCCCAUGUUCCAGGAUAGAGUUGGCAAAUUUGAGCAAGGUAUCAAGUUUCUUGAGCUUUGUGGAUUUGAGAGAGUGGAGGGAGGUAACUUUUUGUUGCUAUGCCGAGAAAAGGUUGACAUGGGCUUAUUGAACUUAGCUGGGACGGAGUUGCAGAGUGCUUUGACGAACCCUUUCUUUGGACUCUUGUCAGGAUAAGUUCAGCUUCUGGAUUUACAAUGUGAUAUCAUUGGUGUGCUGAAUGUGAUUUUGAUGCAGUUUCUCUAAUCCCCCAGCCCAAUGAAAAAUAUCUCAAAUUGUAUGGCAGUGGUAGCUGCGGAUUGUUGUAUGUUUCCAGAAUAAGCUUACGAAUAGACUAUGUGAAGGAUUUCUCUCAAAACUUGGCUGAAAUGUUCCACAAGAUUGUGGUGUUGAGUGUUGGAAAAGUAUGUUCAGCCUCUUGCUUGCAGUCAGACAGACGUCGUCAAAAUGUACUUUAAUCACCUUGAGGACUUUAUUUAAA